AUGGUUGCCGAAUCCCCCAAGGACCUUCCCGUGCGUCCUGCUGCCGAUGCUAAGGGCAAUCCUGAUGCUUCUGCCCCGCCGAAGGACGCCAAAAAGCAGGCCCCUCCCACCGAACCCCUCCCCGACUGGCUGAUUGAGCGCAAUAACCUCUUCGAAGAGCUCUGGCAACAGCAUCUCGAGGAGAUUAAGAACCGCCCUCAUCCCGAGAUCAAUGUCACCCUCGAUAUCGGUGACAACAACCCCUCUCCCGUCCCCGCGAAAGCAUACGAGACUACACCGGGAUCCUUUUUGCGCGAUGUGCCCAAGGAUGUGAGCGCCGAGGUGGUUAUCGCGAAGGUCAAUGGAGAGCUCUGGGAUUUGAAUCGGCCCCUCGAGGGUGACUGUGCCGUUGUCCUGAUUCCAUUUUCCAAUCCCGAGGGCCGGGAAGUUUUUUGGCAUAGCUCUGCGCACUGCCUGGGCCUUUGCGCGGAAACUGAAUUUGGAUGCAUGCUGUCUCACGGUCCUCCGACUCCCCAGGGGUUCUUCUAUGACAUGGCCAUCCCCGGCGGACGCGUUGUCCGUGAAUCCGAUUGGAAGCCGCUCGAAAACAAGGCCUCGAAAGUCUUCAAGGAGAAGCAGAGCUUCGAUCGUUUGGAGGUCAGCAAGGAGAACUUGAAGAAAAUGUUCUCGUACAGCAAGUAUAAACUGCACUACAUUGACAAGCUGGUUACCGGCGAGAAGAGCACUGUGUACCGCAACGGUACUCUGGUGGAUCUCUGCCGAGGUCCUCACAUCCAAAACAGCUCGAAGAUCAAGGCAUUCAAAAUCAUGCAGAACUCCAGUGCUUAUUUCCUUGGUGAUCAGACCAACGACUCUUUGCAGCGUAUUCGUGGAGUUGCGUUUCCUGACAAAAAGGGCAUGGCUGACCACCUGAAAUUCCUUGAGGAAGCUGAGAAGCGAAACCACUUGAGGCUGGGUAAGGAGCAGGAGCUUUUUUUCUUUUCUGACGCAUCGCCCGGCUCAGCCUUCCUCCUACCUCAUGGGGUCAAGAUCUUUAACAGCAUUCAGAAGCUCCUGCGCACCGAGUACCGGAAGCGCGGCUACCAAGAGGUUCAGACUCCGAAUAUGUACGACGCCUCCUUAUGGGUUACGAGCGGCCACUGGCAACACUACCACCAAGACAUGUUCCAGUUGGACGUAGACAAGCGAAAAUGGGCUCUGAAGCCCAUGAAUUGCCCGGGGCACUUCCUUUUGUUCGGUCACCGCGAGCGCAGCUACCGUGAGCUGCCCAUGCGCAUUGCGGACUUCGGUGUCUUGCACAGAAAUGAAGCUAGUGGAGCUCUCUCAGGACUCACCCGUGUUAGAAAGUUCCAACAGGAUGAUACACACAUCUUCUGUACCCAGGAUCAGAUUAUGUCUGAAGUCGAGGGUCUUUUCGAUUUCUUGCAGUCCAUCUAUGGGCUUUUUGGCUUCAGCUUCAAGUUAAAGCUGUCCACCCGCCCAGAGAAAUAUAUGGGUGCGUUGGAGACCUGGGACUACGCCGAGGAUCAGCUCAAGAAGGCCUUGACCAAGUUUCUCGGCAAUGAUUGGACCAUCGACGAGGGUGAUGGUGCUUUCUACGGCCCGAAGAUAGACAUUCAAAUUGCAGACGCUCUGGGCCGGGAAUUUCAAUGUGCGACGAUCCAGCUGGACUACCAGGCUCCUAUCAACUUCAAGCUGGAGUACAUGACACAUGAGAAGGCGGAGAAGGUCCAGGUCGGCGAGGAGAAGAAGGCUGAGGGUGAGACCAAGUCCACCGACCCCGGCCCAGGCCGUGCCCGUCCAGUUGUCAUCCACCGUGCCAUCAUCGGCAGCUUCGAACGAUUCCUGGGUAUCCUGAUUGAGCACUUCGGCGGCAAGUGGCCAUUCUGGCUCAAUCCUCGCCAAAUCAUGGUUAUCCCAGUAAUGCCUCAGCUUAACGAUUUUGCUCAAGACGUCCAGAGAAUCUUUUCCGAAGACAAAAUGCACGUGGAUGUUGAUGUCAGUGGAAACACUCUACAAAAGAAGAUCCGCAACGCCCAGCUGGCUCAGUACAACCUCAUCUUUGUGGUCGGAGCUCAGGAGAAAGAUUCGUGGUCCGUUAACAUUCGCAACCGCGAUGAUCCUGCGACUCAGCACAAGGGCGUGAUGGUCCCCAUUGACGAGGCGCGGGCCAAGAUUCGGGCGUUGCGCAAGGAGCGUCGGCUGGAGACCACGUUGUAA